CUCCACCACUUGGCCUUGAUCUCCUCUCUCACAUACUCACCGAAUUCAAUUCAUCUCACUCUCUAUCUUUCCUGCAAAAAGAAUGUAUCACCAUCUAUAAUCAUUAUUAUUCAAAGCUAAUGUUAAUGGUGAUCCAUCAAACGAUCUCCACUCCUAUUAUCACUCACUUCAAAUUAUACUCAUCUUAUUAUACACCCUAAUCUCUUAUCCAAACACAAUAAUAUUAUUCUCCUAUCUCCCAAAGAUUCAGGAACCCAACCCUAAUCACUUCUAUUCAAACAACACGUUCCUUUUGACUGAACCCUUUUCUUCGAAUCUAGCACAAUACCCACCACUCAUAUUAAUCCAUAAUCCAUUAUAUAUACACAUAUUAUAUCCAGAUACAUAUAUAUUCCAUUCUGAUCAGAUAAACAAGCAUGACUUGUUUGAGGGAAUUACAAGGAAAAAUGGCUAAUGAUCCUCACUUUAACAAUUAUGGCUCUAGACCUUGUGUAUGGGUUCCGGGACCGGUGAUCGUUGGUGCGGGACCAUCUGGGCUUGCAGCGGCUGCUUGUUUGAAGGAUAAAGGGGUUCCAAGUAUCGUGUUGGAGCGUUCGAAUUGUAUCGCUUCGCUAUGGCAAUUCAAGACGUAUGAUCGGCUCCGGUUGCAUCUUCCAAAGAAAUUUUGUGAACUACCCAUGAUGCCCUUCCCUGAGGAUUAUCCUAUGUACCCAUCAAAGCAGCAGUUUUUGGAGUACUUGGAGAGUUAUGCUAAGAGGUUUGGGAUAGAGCCGGUUUUCGAGCAAGCGGUGGAGAGUGCGGAGUAUGAUGAGAAAGUAGGGUUUUGGAGAGUGGUGAGUGUAGGGUUGAAAGGGGAGGAGAUGGAGUAUGUUUGCCGGUGGUUGGUGGUGGCUACCGGAGAGAAUGCGGAGGCGGUGGUGCCGGAGAUUGAAGGGAUGGAGGAGUUUGGUGGGGAGGUGCAACACACGGCUGAGUAUAAGAGUGGAAGUGGUUUUAGAGGGAAGAAAGUGUUGGUUGUUGGUUGUGGGAAUUCAGGAAUGGAAGUGUCUUUGGAUCUUUGCAAUCAUAAUGCUCAUCCUUCUCUUGUUGUUAGAGAUUCUGUUCAUGUUCUACCACGAGAGAUGUUGGGAAGAUCGACUUUUGGGUUGUCCAUGUGGUUGCUCAAGUGGCUACCUAUAAGACUCGUCGAUCGCUUUCUAUUGAUCAUGUCAUGGCUUAUUUUUGGAAACACGUCCGGCUUUGGGCUAAACCGCCCCAAUGUAGGACCCCUCGAGCUAAAAAGCAAGACAGGAAAAACACCGGUGUUGGAUGUGGGAACCCUAGCCAAGAUCAAAAGUGGAGACAUCAAGAUACAUCCGAGCAUUCAAAGUGUUGGAAGCCAUAGUGUACAAUUUGUGAAUGGAAGAGUAGAGGCUUUUGAUGCAAUCAUUUUAGCAACAGGGUACAAAAGCAAUACUCCAUCUUGGCUAAAGGAGAAGUGGAUGUUCUCGGAAAAAGAUGGGAUGCCUCGAAAACCAUUUCCUCAAAGUUGGAAAGGUGAAUGUGGUCUAUACGCGGUAGGGUUCACCAAACGGGGCUUGUUUGGUUCAUCCAUGGAUGCAAAACGCGUAUCAGAAGACAUAGAAAGGUUUUGGAAAGCCGAAGCCAAAAAUCUCUCCAAGACCAUUGGGCGAUCGUUCACACUCCAACCCACGUUUUUUCCCGUGUUUCCUUGCUAUGACUUAGAGAACACAAGUUUCGUCUAACUACAAAAGAUUAUGACAAUGAAAUCAACCAAGAAGUUGUUCAUCCAAUUGUAUAUAAUUAAGGAAGAAUUGUGGUGGAACUACUUCUAGGUUUUUUAUAUUUCUUCAUUUAUGGAGGGGACCUCUAUCAUGAUCUAGGAUAGUGUAUCUAUACAUCUUGUACAUUGCCAUAUUAAUUUCUUUGACAUAGAGAGGGAUAGGGGUGAAAAUCUUAGGGUUUAAUAUUUCUAUAAAAAAAUUUUGUGUACUUGGUUUAGAGCUUGAUUAAACUUUAGAAAGUAUUCAACUUC